CCAACAGCACUUUACCUAGUCUAACAUCAUGUUUCGUCGCGCAGGACAGUCGCUAGCGUACGCUGGCCGACGGACAUUCUCGCAAUCUGCGGCGCGACAGAACUACGAGGCUACUAUUCAGAACCUCCUCAUCCAUAAGGACACAAGAGUCCUCUGUCAGGGAUUGACCGGAAAGACUGGUACUUUCCACGUCAAGGAAGCUCUCGAAUAUGGUACCAACAUGGUCGGAGGUGUCUCACCCAGCAAGGCUGGACAGACCCAUCUCGGACUCCCCGUCUUUGGCUCAGUCAGGGAGGCUGUGCGCGAAGUUAAGCCCGACGCGACUGUGCUCUACGUUCCUCCACCCACUGCUGCCGAUGCUAUCAUUGAGGCAAUUGAGAAUGAAAUCAAGCUUAUUGUAUGCAUUACCGAAGGCAUUCCUCAGCAGGAUGAAAUUAAGGUGAUGAACGCGCUGAAGAGCCAAUCGAAAUCGCGUCUCGUCGGCCCCAACUGCCCUGGUGUUAUCAAUCCCCUUGGCUGCAAGAUGGGUAUCCAACCUGGGCACAUCCACAAGCCAGGCAAAAUUGGCAUCGUCUCGCGCUCAGGCACCUUGACAUACGAAGCCGUUGCGCAAACUACUGAUGUAGGCUUGGGCCAGUCGCUAUGCAUCGGCAUUGGCGGCGAUCCCUUCCCCGGCACCAAACACGUCGACGCGAUCAAGCUGUUCCUUGAAGAUCCUAACACCGAAGGUAUCGUCCUCAUUGGUGAGAUUGGUGGAUCUAUGGAGGAGGAGGCUGCGGAGUAUCUUGAGAAGUAUAACAAGACUCGACCAAACCCCAAACCCGUUGUUGGCUUUAUUGCUGGCCGCACUGCUCCUCCCGGUCGCCGCAUGGGCCAUGCCGGCGCUAUUAUUUCUGGUGGCAAGGGUGCUGCUUCGGACAAAGUUGCCGCUCUUCAAAAAGCCGGUGCUGUUGUCACAGAUAGCCCAGCUAAGAUUGGCUCUGCGAUGCUUCAAGCUAUGAAGGCUGCUGGUCUCGCAUAGAGGGCUGCGUGUUUAGUUUCUCGCUGUUCGACCAUAGACAUAUAUGCAGGGAUAUCCAUACCGCACCUAUUUAAUACCUCAUCGUGUGUACAACUUCGGCUUGAGUGCACUGCAAGAUGUCAUUCUCCUUGCAUGAUUUUAUGGUGCGAGUGUGUGUGUUUGCUGGAUUCGCGC